AUGGGUUUCACGAGCGCCGUGAACCGCACGAAAAACCAGGAAAAACCACGACUUCGUCCCAUCGUGAGACGAGAACUGACUUGGAACUGCAGGCUUCGUUCGCUGACGCGCAGUACUGUCGUUAGGCGCCCGGAGGCCACCGCCCUCUGUGCUCAAGAAAAUCGUCCAGGACUUUUCCAUUCAAAUGUACGGGCGAUAUUUAUACAUGAUAUACCGACGAAUUAUUGUAUACGAUUUGGUCACUCGUUAUGGUCCGUGAACCAGUUGUCAGCGCAAGAGGUUAACUUUUCGCCGAUUUUGUUGCCAGCAUAUCUGCAACAGAAUGUAGUAGCAAAAUAUAAAAGUAGUAUCAGAAAAUCAGAAGAAAGUUGUGGUCUCGCAUUCGUUUCGGAAAUUCUGAUUUUUAACGUUACUGAUCUUUGUAGGGUGGAGUUAGAUCUUAACACGUUCCGUGCUAUAUGUACCACCGGUGGUACACUUCAUCUGGACAUCGUUGGCGAGCCUAACGUCGUCACACUUUUCUCGUCAGUUCUCACGAACAAACAACGAUCAAGCGAUAAUUUGUGCGUUAGAAGAUUUCAAGAACAAGACGCGAAACGAAGGGGUACGUCUAAUCAACGAGACUCGAGAGCUAAAGAACCGCGAAGGCGUAUGAAAUUGGAGCGUAACAAUCAGAAAUGGGACCUGCGACUGAACGCUGGCAAUUCAAGAAUUACGCAGAGUGCAAUUAAGAAAGUACAAUUCUGGAAAGCAAAAUGUUCGAUGCAGAUCAACACGGAUGAUUUCAAUCUGUCGGGAGAGCACAAUCCACAGUGA